AUGAUCUCUCUUUCAUCAUCAUCAUCAUCAUCAUCAUCAUCAUCAUCAUCAUCAUCAUCAUCAUCAUCAUCAUCAUCAUCAUCAUCAUCAUCAUCAUCAUCAUCAUCAUCAUCAUCAUCAUCAUCAUCAUCAUCAUCAUCAUCAUCAUCAUCAUCAUCAUCAUCAUCAUCAUCAUCAUCAUCAUCAUCAUCAUCAUCAUCAUCAUCAUCAUCAUCAUCAUCAUCAUCAUCAUCAUCAUCAUCAUCAUCAUCAUCAUCAUCAUCAUCAUCAUCAUCAUCAUCAUCAUCAUCAUCAUCAUCAUCAUCAUCAUCAUCAUCAUCAUCAUCAUCAUCAUCAUCAUCAUCAUCAUCAUCAUCAUCAUCAUCAUCAUCAUCAUCAUCAUCAUCAUCAUCAUCAUCAUCAUCAUCAUCAUCAUCAUCAUCAUCAUCAUCAUCAUCAUCAUCAUCAUCAUCAUCAUCAUCAUCAUCAUCAUCAUCAUCAUCAUCAUCAUCAUCAUCAUCAUCAUCAUCAUCAUCAUCAUCAUCAUCAUCAUCAUCAUCAUCAUCAUCAUCAUCAUCAUCAUCAUCAUCAUCAUCAUCAUCAUCAUCAUCAUCAUCAUCAUCAUCAUCAUCAUCAUCAUCAUCAUCAUCAUCAUCAUCAUCAUCAUCAUCAUCAUCAUCAUCAUCAUCAUCAUCAUCAUCAUCAUCAUCAUCAUCAUCAUCAUCAUCAUCAUCAUCAUCAUCAUCAUCAUCAUCAUCAUCAUCAUCAUCAUCAUCAUCAUCAUCAUCAUCAUCAUCAUCAUCAUCAUCAUCAUCAUCAUCAUCAUCAUCAUCAUCAUCAUCAUCAUCAUCAUCAUCAUCAUCAUCAUCAUCAUCAUCAUCAUCAUCAUCAUCAUCAUCAUCAUCAUCAUCAUCAUCAUCAUCAUCAUCAUCAUCAUCAUCAUCAUCAUCAUCAUCAUCAUCAUCAUCAUCAUCAUCAUCAUCAUCAUCAUCAUCAUCAUCAUCAUCAUCAUCAUCAUCAUCAUCAUCAUCAUCAUCAUCAUCAUCAUCAUCAUCAUCAUCAUCAUCAUCAUCAUCAUCAUCAUCAUCAUCAUCAUCAUCAUCAUCAUCAUCAUCAUCAUCAUCAUCAUCAUCAUCAUCAUCAUCAUCAUCAUCAUCAUCAUCAUCAUCAUCAUCAUCAUCAUCAUCAUCAUCAUCAUCAUCAUCAUCAUCAUCAUCAUCAUCAUCAUCAUCAUCAUCAUCAUCAUCAUCAUCAUCAUCAUCAUCAUCAUCAUCAUCAUCAUCAUCAUCAUCAUCAUCAUCAUCAUCAUCAUCAUCAUCAUCAUCAUCAUCAUCAUCAUCAUCAUCAUCAUCAUCAUCAUCAUCAUCAUCAUCAUCAUCAUCAUCAUCAUCAUCAUCAUCAUCAUCAUCAUCAUCAUCAUCAUCAUCAUCAUCAUCAUCAUCAUCAUCAUCAUCAUCAUCAUCAUCAUCAUCAUCAUCAUCAUCAUCAUCAUCAUCAUCAUCAUCAUCAUCAUCAUCAUCAUCAUCAUCAUCAUCAUCAUCAUCAUCAUCAUCAUCAUCAUCAUCAUCAUCAUCAUCAUCAUCAUCAUCAUCAUCAUCAUCAUCAUCAUCAUCAUCAUCAUCAUCAUCAUCAUCAUCAUCAUCAUCAUCAUCAUCAUCAUCAUCAUCAUCAUCAUCAUCAUCAUCAUCAUCAUCAUCAUCAUCAUCAUCAUCAUCAUCAUCAUCAUCAUCAUCAUCAUCAUCAUCAUCAUCAUCAUCAUCAUCAUCAUCAUCAUCAUCAUCAUCAUCAUCAUCAUCAUCGUUUUCGUUAAAUACUCGUUUUUUCAUCCCAUCAUUUGUAUUAUGGAUAAUAUCAGUUACAACAGUAAAAUAA